UUUGUGGAGAAAUCAUCCUGUGCCCAGCCACUGGGUGAGCUGACGAGCCUGGACGCUCACGCGGAGUUUGGCGGCGGGGGCAGUAGCCCUUCCUCAUCCUCUCUGUGCACUGAGCCACUGAUACCCACCACCCCCAUCAUCCCCAGCGAAGAGAUGGCUAAAAUCGCCUGCAGCCUGGAAACGAAGGAGCUCUGGGACAAAUUCCACGAACUGGGCACGGAGAUGAUUAUCACCAAGUCUGGCAGGAGAAUGUUCCCCACCAUCCGCGUGUCAUUUUCUGGAGUGGAUCCUGAGGCCAAGUACAUAGUCUUGAUGGACAUCGUCCCGGUGGACAACAAGAGAUAUCGCUAUGCCUACCACCGGUCGUCCUGGCUGGUGGCUGGCAAGGCUGAUCCUCCCCUGCCUGCCAGGCUCUACGUGCAUCCAGACUCCCCCUUUACUGGAGAACAGCUUCUCAAACAGAUGGUGUCUUUUGAAAAGGUGAAGCUCACCAACAACGAACUGGAUCAACAUGGCCAUAUAAUUUUGAAUUCAAUGCAUAAGUACCAGCCGCGGGUGCACAUCAUAAAGAAGAAAGACCACACGGCCUCCUUGCUCAAUCUGAAGUCGGAAGAAUUCAGGACGUUCAUCUUUCCAGAGACAGUUUUCACAGCAGUCACGGCCUACCAGAACCAACUGAUAACCAAGCUGAAAAUAGACAGCAAUCCGUUUGCCAAAGGAUUCCGGGACUCCUCCAGGCUCACUGACAUUGAGAGGGAGAGUGUGGAGAGUCUGAUCCAGAAGCAUUCCUAUGCCCGGUCACCCAUCCGUACCUAUGGAGAAGAGGAGGUACUUGGGGAGGAGAGUCAGACAGCACCAAAUCGAGGAUCAGCCUUUACAACAUCUGACAAUUUGUCUCUCAGUUCCUGGGUAUCAUCAUCUUCCAGUUUUCCUGGAUUUCAGCAUCCACAGCCCCUGACUGCUCUUGGCACCAGUACAGCAUCUAUAGCGACACCAAUUCCUCACCCUAUACAGGGUUCUCUGCCACCCUAUAGCCGCCUGGGAAUGCCUCUGACCCCAUCUGCAAUUGCCAGCUCCAUGCAGGGAAGUGGUCCCACAUUCCCCUCAUUCCACAUGCCUAGAUACCAUCACUACUUCCAGCAGGGGCCCUACGCUGCCAUUCAAGGACUUCGCCACUCUUCUGCUGUGAUGACGCCAUUUGUAUGAUUCUUCUGAGAGUGGGGGGAGCUAGGUACAGAAUGUGCAAAUGGCUAUGAAAAUACAGGAGGGGGAUGGGUAGGUGGGAAGUGGGGUAUUGGAGCAAGAACUCUCCAGGAAACACAGGACUUACUAAAGAGGAGAGCUGGACUCAUGAAAAACCUACUUGUAAGAGAGUGCACCAUGGGCCAAGAUUCAUCUGUGGUCAGACCCAGGAGAGAAUCAGUGUGAAGUUUAGCCAGCAUACUCCUUCAAUUAACAGGAUAUCAGUUUACCCAGAAAACUUAAUAAUUCUAGUAGUUAAAAGUUCUGUUGAUGCUGUACUAUAUAAAAUCCAUGCGUAGAGGUUUCUUUCUGCUUUCAACAGGUUCAAAGCAUCAUCCAGAAGGCAAUACUAUAUAGCAUAUUGACAUGACUAACUCAAGUCCAUUUCUCCCAAUAGGAAAUGGAAGCCAAUAGUGAUAUGUUUGUAGUGCUGUAGUUUAAGCAUGUUUAGUUUCCUUUGUGCCAGUUCGAUACAGAAGAGGCAGAGAUGGUGCUAGUGCAUCCUGUGGCAUAAAUGAAUAUGUGGUAAUGCCCUUACCAAGUUCCUGCCAUAUCCACAGGCUGUGACACCAUAAACUCUUUCUUCCGUCCCCUUUCUUUUACUUUUUUUUCUUUUUUAACCUAAUAAUUCUUUUUCUUUCAACAAAUUUGCAAUUAUGUGGUGAAAACUCUCUAUAUGCUAUUUUAAAGCAAGGAGCUCUCUCAUUAUCAAAGAGGUUGGCUUUUGAGGGGCUGCAUCCUUAACAGGCUGGUGACAUGGCCACUGAGGACCUGUCCAGAGCCCAUGCAUGAUGAUGGUUCUCCCUCACACAAUCAUUAUCUGUUUACUCUCUCCUGAGGGGAAUUUCUCUGCCAUAGGAACCAAAGUCCUCUUCAUUUGCACUUCAGGGUCAAGAGGCCUUUUGCAUAUUAAAACACACUGGGCCAAGCUCUGAUAUUUUAUAUUUAAAUCUGCUUUAUUACUACUUCCAUCAUUGUCAGGGAUUUGCCGACCGCCAUUCUCCAUUUGCAUGGU